UUUUGACUCUCUUUUCCUCCACUGUUUGGAGGAAAAGAAACAAACAAACACAGAAAAAUUCCAGUCUUUCAACUCAUCCAAAUAAGAUUUCCUUAAAACCCCUUUCUCCACUCCAACUUAGCUUCAAAACCCAUCUCUCAAAAUCUCGACUUGAAUUUCUACUGGUUAGUUUUGGAUCUGAUUAUGCUAUUUGACAAAAUUCUGAGAAAGAAAGAAAAAUUGAAUAAGAUUUAGAAGUAAUGUCGUGGGGAGGAGGACCAGAAGAGAUCUUUCUUUCAACCUCUCUUGCUAGUUAUCUUGAUAGGAAGCUUCUCAUUUUACUCCGUGAUGGCCGUAAACUCAUGGGCCUACUUCGUUCUUUUGAUCAGUUCGCAAAUGCUGUCCUUGAAGGUGCAUGUGAGCGAGUGAUUGUGGGGGAUCUUUAUUGUGACAUUCCUUUAGGCCUAUAUGUCAUCCGUGGGGAAAAUGUUGUUUUAAUUGGUGAACUGGACCUCGAGAAGGAAGAGCUACCGCAGCACAUGACUCGUGUUUCAGCUGCAGAGAUUAAAAGGAAUAAUCCAACACCGAUGAAGGGGGUUUGACUUUGCUCCUUUGGUUUUGUUUGCGGAAGCAUUCUCUUUCAAUUUUCUGUCUUCCAUGAAGCAGGGAUUUGGCUUCAACUUUUGCACUAUAAUGGCUGAAAAUACUCUCAAUCAUCUUACCUUGUACUCAUAGAUUUGCAUAAAAGAUGGUACUUGUACUCAUGUUUAGAGUCCUCGUUGUUUAUACUUAAAUGAGGGUCAUUUAUUUUUUCAUUUUUAAUGCUUGUUGCACAGACCCAUGUUACAUAACCUCCGACUUGCCAUUAUUGAAUAUAUUCAUUCAACCAUAGUGAUCACAUAAUUCUUUGACGGUUUGACCAUACUCCGUAGUUUCUUAAUUAGGAAUCUUACUCGAGAUAAAAAUAUGCUUUGUUAUAUGUCCACAAUAUCACAUGUUCAGGAGAUUAAAAACGAGAAUCGUACCCUCAAAUUCUAUGUCGUUUAUCCUUUAAAUAUAUUGAGAAUUGUACGGAUUAUAGUAAGCUUUAGUGAUGUUUCAUACACUUCUGGAUU